CCUGGAGAGCGCUUCCCGCGGGCCAUGUGAGCACGAGAUGUGCGAGCCUGCCGGCGUGGCAGAUGGCGUGGAGCCUGAAGAGGAGCAGAAGGAGCAAGGUGAAGCGCCAGAUCAAGCUGAUGGGGCCCGCGAGGCUUUGAAGGCCUUCAAGAGGAAACUGGAGGAGAGCUUGAAAGCAGACUCCUCACGAGUCAGCCAGAAGGAGAGCUUAAGAGCUGGCAUUAUUCCAUCGUCAGGGGGGCGAGCAAAGCGAAAGGCGGCAGCAGCUGCUGAUGAACGGGUGAGGGAGCAGCUGGCCAUGGAGAGGGGCUUGAUCAAAAGCAGAAAGAUGAAGCCAGAGAAGCAGCCAAAGGAGGCAAAGGAGGUGGAAAGGACAAGGCGAAAGGAGGACGUGCAGCCAAAGCCAGCGAAACCAAAGAAGAAGCCAGAAAAAUCCAAGAAGUCGGAAGAGCAAGAGACGCCAGACAGGCUUGAAAUGCCAGAGACGUCUGCCAAAGGGUCAGGAAAGCGACGGCCGGAGGCACAAGCGCCCGAAGUAGCGCCAAAGGACGGCCCGAGCUCGAACUCCACGGCUUCAGCGACGUCGCCGGCAUCGGCUUCUUCGCCAAGCACGGGCGCGCCAAGUGCGCCUAGUGCAGCGCUGGAAUUGGGCGGUGAUGACCUUCAGGGUUUGGUGUCCCUGGCUGCCGCAGCGCGGCUGCCAAAGCGUUUGGGCAAUUGCGGCUUCGACGCUUCAGGUCGUGACUGGGUGCCGCGCGGCCAAGUCUCCAAUGUGCCCAAGGCACGGCGGAGCGUGCUGCUCAAAGGUUACACGCACCAGGCAGAGAAGUCCAAGACUGGCGUGGCUGCCUGCAAAUGCUGCGGAGUGAAGAUUGCCAAGGCCACGCUGCGGGUCGGCUACCCUGUCAAGGAUCAUCGAGGCAAUUAUGGUGCGAUUGUUAAUUGGCUUCACCUGGAGUGCGCGCGGGCAGAUGAGACCUUGAUGGCCUAUGCCAAGAUGGGGGAGGUGCAGCUGGGCAAAAGGGUCCUGGGCGUCGAGGCGAUGACGAAGGAGGAGCGCCUGGAGUGCCGGGAGACGCUGCUGCGCCCUGAGGUCAAGGCCCCGCUCGAGCUGCCGGCAGUGCAGACGGCCCGUCAGCUUGCUGCACAUCCUUCCCCGAAGAAUCUGAAGCUGCCACUCCUUGCCUUCCAGGCGGAAGGUUUGGGGUGGAUGCUGGAGCGAGAAGCUGACAAGCUGACGCGGGGUGGCAUACUGGCAGAUGAGAUGGGCAUGGGAAAGACGCUGCAAACCAUUUCCCUCAUCUUGGCAGGAGCACCUGGCGCCACGCUGGUGGUGUGCCCCGCUGCAGCCAUGCUCCAGUGGCGCAACGAGAUCCUCCGCUUCACGGAGCCAGGCAGCUUGGAGGUUCGGCUCUACUAUGGCACGGAAAAGAAGGAGGUCCUGGGCGACUUGAUGAAUGAGCAAAUUCUUCUCAGGCGUGUUGUUGUGCUGACGACGUACCAGACGCUGGAGUAUGAAUAUCGACAACAAGUCAACCUCACCAAAGUCCAGUGUCAGUGGUGUGGGCGGCUCUACCAGAAGGAGAAGCUGUUCUAUCACCAGCGGUACUUUUGCGGCCCUGAUGCUCAGAGAACAGAAAAGCAGAUGAAGGCGCGGCGGAAAGCUGACUACAAGGACGAAGCGGUGAAAAAGAUGAAGAUUGGCGGCGCGGAGACGAACAUUGUGCUGAAUCCCUUGAAUGCGAUUCGAAGUGCGGCAACAUCGGCGCUGCGCCGUCGCAAGCCUGCGAAUGGCGCCAUGCCUUUUCCAGUGUCCGUGCUGCCGGAAGAAGCCCAAGCCUCUCUUCGAGGCCGCGGGCCUGAGGGCAAGAAAGCCGAGUCCGAGACCUCCAAGACCUCCGAGACCUCCGAGACUCGGCGCAGGUCAAGGCCGAGUGCAACAAGCAAGCGAGAAGAGGCUAUCGAGGCAGUCACCACAAAAGCUGCGGAAAGCGCGCGCUCGGCGAGGAAUGCUUGGGGGACAGCCUUGAAAGCAAGCACACCAUCGACCAAAGUGAUCGAGCUCACUCAAAGUGACGAUAGCGACCUGGAACUCACGCAUGAAGUCGGCUCCAUGCUCGCCUUUGGGUCGUCUUCCGCUCCGUCGGCUCCGUCGGCUCCGUCGGCCGCGUCGGCUCCGGCUCCUUCGGCUCGGGAGGCGAGUGAGGAUGAUAUGGACCUCUCAAGGUCGGCACUGUACAGAACGCUCUGGGGCCGAGUUGUCCUGGACGAGGCGCACCGCAUCAAGACGCGCACCAACAGCACAGCGCAGGCGGCUUUCGCCCUGCGCGUUGAUGGCUCCAGGUGGUGCUUGUCAGGGACGCCACUCCAGAACCGGGUUGGCGAGUUUUGGUCGAUCAUUCGCUUCAUUCAAUUUUACCCCUACGCACAUUACUUGUGCAGCAAGAAAGGCUGCUCCUGCGCAUCGCUGCAUUACCGCUUUGAUCCGGAGACAUCGAAGUGCCGAAAGUGCGGUCACACGAAAAUGCAGCACCGCAGCCACUUCGUGACAGAAGUCUCAAACCCCAUCAAGAAGUUUGGCUUUAUCGGUGCGGGCAAGAAGGCGAUGGAAUUGCUUCGCACCGAAGUGCUGGACCGCAUCCUCCUUCGACGGACAAAACUGGAAAGAGCGGCUGACGUCAAGCUGCCUACCCUUUCCGUGCGAAUUCGCAAGGAUGGCUUGUCUUCGCAGGAGAGAGAUUUCUACACUGCGAUGUACACGCAAGGUCGAACGCAAUUCGACACGUAUGUUGAGAGCGGAACCGUGCUCCACAACUACGCACAUGUGUUUGACUUAAUUAUGCGCCUUCGUCAGGCAGUGGAUCAUCCUUACCUCAUCAUCCACGGCUCGUUGAACGCGCCGGAUCCAUCCGCUGGGCUCAUCCCCACGAAGAGCCGUGGCUUCGCGGACAUUUGCGCACUUUGCCAAGAUGAUGUGGAGGGAAGCAGGGCCAAAGCAACCUGCGGCCACGCCUUCCACCGCGACUGCUUGCAGGAGUACUUGGAGCAGGCUCCGCAGCUACCCAGCGGCGGUGUUGGCUGUCCGACCUGCUUCAUGCCCCUCACGUGGGCGGAGGACCAGGCUGCAGACGAUGGUGACGACGUUGUGGCAGAUGUCUUGGGGGAGGAACUGGCUGCAGGAGAGCAGGUCAAGGAGAAGCCGCAGUCAGGAAGCGGCAAAGGUGGACGUAAUAGCAUCAUGCAGAAGAUCAAGACAUCCGAGUUUCGAAGCUCCACCAAGAUCGAGGCUUUGAUGCAGGAGAUCAAGAGGAUGGAGGAGGCAGAUUCCACAAGCAAGGCGUUGGUCUUCUCGCAAUUCACCCGCUUCUUGGAGAUCAUUGAGUGGCGCCUGAAGCGUGAAGGCAUCUCCGCAGCCACGGUGCUGGGCAGCAUGCCCAUUGUUGCCAGGAACAACAUCAUCGUGUCCUUCCAGACAGAGCCCACGCUGAAGGUCUUGCUGAUCUCCUUGAAAGCCGGAGGUGAAGGCUUGAACUUGCAGGCAGCGGACCACAUCUUCCUGAUGGACCCCUGGUGGAACCCGGCCGCUGAAGCACAAGCCAUCCAACGCGCUCACCGAAUCGGUCAGCUCCGCCCAGUGAAAGCCAUCCGCUUCGUGGCCGCCGAAACCAUCGAGGAGAAAAUCGUGGAGUUGCAGGAGAAGAAGCAGACGGUCUUUGAUUGCACGGUCGGCAACUGCAACCAGGCGCUGCAGAGGCUUUCCUCCGAGGAUAUCCAGUUCCUUUUCAGCAGCUGACUGACCUGCCAGGCAUUGCGCCAACCGCCAGUUUUUUCGCCUGGUUGGGCCUUCCCCUUGACCGCAGCCGCGGGAGUUGGGUUGAUGUCUCCCAGUGCGCGGGAACCUUUGCCCAGCCCCGAAGGAUGUUUGGUUGCGCUUGGUGCGUUU